CCCUUCCUUCUCAGAAAAAAUAGAUCAUUAAAUUCCCCAGCUGCUUCACUCCGUCACCGUCACCAUCAUCAUCAGAAGAAGACGAUGAUGAAACAGCUACACAAGCAAUCGAGCGUGAACCACAGGAGGGACGAAGAGAUCCCAACCUCGCUCUCCUCCUCCUACUCCCCCAAAGCCUUGAAGCACCCCAGAUCCCUCCCCAGAUCCCUCAACUACAUCUUCAAAGAGCAACGCCUCCUCUUCAUCCUCGUCGGAAUCCUCAUCGGCUCCACCUUCUUCAUCCUCCAGCCCACUCUCUCCCGCCUCUCCCCCUCCGACCCCCACCCCUCCAUCCCGCGCUCCUUCUCCUCCUCCGUCGUCUCCCACGACCGCAUCUCCACCGCCUCCUUUUCCUCCGACCUCCGCAACAACGCCGCUCGCGUCCCCGCCGGCCUCGGCAAGCGCCGCCUCAGGAUCGUCGUCACCGGUGGCGCCGGGUUCGUCGGGUCUCAUCUUGUGGAUAAGCUGCUUUCGAGAGGGAACGAUGUGAUCGUCAUUGAUAAUUUCUUCACCGGGAGGAAGGAGAAUGUGGCUCAUCAUUUCGGCAAUCCGAGAUUUGAGCUCAUUCGACACGACGUCGUUGAGCCGAUUCUGUUGGAGGUCGAUCAGAUCUAUCAUUUGGCCUGUCCGGCCUCGCCUGUGCACUAUAAGUACAAUCCGGUCAAGACAAUCAAGACCAAUGUGAUGGGGACGCUUAACAUGCUUGGCCUUGCGAAGCGAAUUGGGGCGCGGUUUUUGAUCACUAGUACCAGUGAGGUCUAUGGCGAUCCGCUGGAGCAUCCUCAGAAGGAGACUUACUGGGGAAAUGUCAAUCCUAUAGGUGAGAGGAGCUGUUACGAUGAAGGAAAGAGGACGGCAGAGACUCUGUCUAUGGAUUAUCAUCGAGGUGCAGGUGUUGAGGUUCGUAUUGCUCGAAUUUUCAAUACAUAUGGGCCACGUAUGUGUUUGGAUGAUGGGCGUGUUGUCAGCAAUUUUGUUGCUCAGGCUAUUCGCAAACAACCAUUGACUGUGUAUGGUGAUGGUAAACAAACAAGAAGCUUCCAAUACGUCUCUGAUUUGGUUAAUGGGCUGGUAGCAUUGAUGGAAGGUGAACAUGUGGGGCCUUUCAACCUGGGAAAUCCUGGGGAGUUCACCAUGCUAGAGCUUGCUGAGGUUGUGAAAGAAACAAUUGAUUCAAGUGCGACAAUUGAAUUCAAGCCAAAUACUGCUGAUGAUCCUCAUAAGAGGAAACCUGACAUCAGCAAAGCAAAGGAACUGUUGAACUGGGAGCCAAAAAUAUCACUGAGGGAGGGACUGCCUUUAAUGGUGAGUGAUUUCCAGAACCGCAUUUUAAAUGAGGAUGAAGGAAAAGGCAAUUAAUUAAUAACGAAAGGACAACCAGUAUGUAUAGUGUGAAGCAUGGCUGUAUCUUAAUUCAUUCGUUCAUUUUUGUCAUCCUCAACUUACAUUACCUGGCAAUUCUAGCAAAAUGCAAUAUUAGGAAGAUGUAACUCUUGCUUCCCACAGUGCUUGAUUAGCACAAAAUCUACAAUCACUAGAGGUUGAUGGCAAUUUUGACCACCAUUUCUGGCACAAAUUGUGGUGGUGGAAUGUAAUCCUCAAUUGUUUUUGUCGACAAUUUUGGUAUCUUGAAAGGAAAGUGUUUCUGUAUGCACAAAUAUUCUCGAUUUUUCACUUUGCACCAG